AUGCCUCUGAUAGUGAUGUGCGGAAUACCAUUGAGUGGUAAAACAUAUCAAACAAAUCGUCUGAAAGAGUAUUUUGAAGAGAAACACAAUUUGAAGCCAAUUAUCAUCUCUUCGGACACGAAGUUAAAGGAAAUCAAAAGAAAUGUCUUAUUCGGCGAUUCAAAGAUGGAAAGGGAGUUAAGAGGUUGGCUUAAGUCGGAGGUCGAGAGGCAUUUGGUGGCCGACAAUCUGGUGGUAUUGGAUGCAAACAAUUACAUCAAAGGCUUUCGAUAUGAACUGUACUGCAGUUCCAAAGAGAGAAAGACAACCCAUUGUGUGAUCGAAGUGGUGGUCACUGACGAAGACAUCGCUUGGAAACGAAACAUAGACUCAGCCGAAGAUCCGUCACUCGACUCUUACGACAGACAGACUUUCGAUGCUUUGGUGCAGCGCUACGAAAAGCCACAGACGACCAGCCGAUGGGAUUCACCGCUCUUUGUCAUCGAUGGCUCUUCGCAUGACAUGCCAUUCGAUGACAUCAAUGCAGCCCUCUAUCAAAGACAGGCCCCCAAACCCAAUCUGUCCACACAAUCACCCGCUUUGAGUUCAACUAAUUGUUUGUAUGAAUUGGACUCAAAGACACAGCAAGUGGUGAGAGAUGUCCACAAAUGUAUACAAAGCGGACAACUGAAGAAUAUAGUGAUUCCCGAUUCGAGACAAACACUAAACCUGAAUAAAAGCCUUUCGGCGGCAGAACUGAAUAAAAUGAGACGACUUUUCAUAAGUUAUACGAAACUUCAUCCCAUUUCUGACGACCAAAUGAUUGGCACUCUUUUCGUUCAAUUCAUUAAUAAAAGUGUUUAA